ACAUACCUCCUGCACCGGUAGACCACGGGAGUACGAGGAGCGGCGGCCAAUGGGAACGCACCGGGGGUGGAGCCGAGGCCUCCGGAGCGGAAGUGGAUCGCUGCUGAGGCGGCGGCGUCUUGCUGGAGGGUUUCUCCUCCGUGGUUUCCGGAGGUGCUUCUUCGCCGGACUGCGUCGGCGUUGGCUGCUGCCGGGCCAGACCGGCUCCAGGACUUGGAGAUACCGGAAAUAUAUCUGGCUGCAAAUUGCCAUGCUAGCAAGAGGAUGAGUAACCAGUGGGUGUGAGAAGUUGUCGCCUUCCCUGCCAGCUCUGCACAGGUCCCAUCCUUCUCUGGAGGGUGGAGCCAAAGGGCACCAUGAGUACGAGAAAACGUCGUGGUGGGACAGUAAAUUCUAGACAAGCCCAGAAGCGAACUCGGGAAGCAGCGUCCACCCCUGAGAUGGCCUUGCAAGCAGAGCCCAUAGAACUUGUGGAAAGCGCUGGAGACGAAAUAGUGGACCUGACCUGUGAAUCUUUAGAGCCUGUGGUUGUUGACCUGACUCACAAUGACUCUGUCGUGAUUAGUAUCACCAGAGGUUUAUUAGAUCUUUCAGAGAACCAACUUUUAGCUUUGUGGAUCCUUUCUCUUGUAAGUUUUUUUCAUUCAUGGUUGCUUCUUUCUUUGAGUUUAUUUUGCUGUCUUUCUAACUUACUAAUUUUCAUCAUUUCUUUUCCAGUAAAUGCAUUUAAGAUUAUACUUUUUAAGCUAUAUCCUACAAAUUUUGUUAUUAGUAUUUUACAUUCAAUUCAACAUAUUUAUCAAACUUGUUUUUUAACUUUGAAACAUUGGGGAUUUUCUUUAUUUCCUUUGUUGUUGUUACUGAUUCUUUGAAUUACUGCAUUAUUGGUCAGAAAAAACAUUCCAUGUGUCAGUUCUUUGGUAAUUCCUGAGACUUGCUUUGAACCUGGCCUGCACAAAGCAGCUGGCCUUCCCUAGAUAACCUGCCUGGGCUUUGGUUUCUCUGUGAGGCUUUCAAAUGUAGGCUUCAAUUUAUUUUAUUUUAUUUUUUUAAUUUAAUGUUUAUUUUUGAGAGAGAGACAGAGUGUGAGCCAGGGAGGGGCAGAGGGGAAGGAAGACACAGAAUCGGAAGCAGGCUCCAGGCCCCGAGCUGUCGGCACAGAGCCCAAUGCGGGGCUUGAACUCAAAAACCAUGAGAUCAUGACCUGAGCUGAAGUCAGACGCUUAACCGACUGAGCCACCGAGGAGUUCCAGGCUUCAAUUUUUCAAGAAUCUUCUGUAUUUUUUUUUUCCUCUGGAUUAAUCGUAUUGCCUUUAGUUUGAACAGAUAAUUUUUUGGGGAUAUAUCUUUUUUUAAAAGUAUGUAUGUUUUAUCUUGUUUUGGUGGUUUUCAGUGGGAAAUUUGGUGGAAAUACUAGCCUGCCAUUUAUUGGAAACCUCUGCUCGUAUUUUCCAUCCUUCUGCCUUCUUAGCUGGGGUAGUAGGUGAGUUCAGGUUUUCAGGGCACUUUUCUUUUAAAGUCAGGUUGGUUUCCCUGAAAUCUCUUUGUGAUGUGUUUCCAUGGUGUGCCUAUGAGUCACACUGUUCGUGUUACACUCCAUACCUGCCUAUUUUCAUUCAUGAGACUGGAAAGAAUCUGCUUAACUGAAGCUCCCUUGCAGGCAGGGACAGAGUCCUGUCCAUCUCUAGGGGAAUAGUCAAGGGCCCGAGGGGCACCUGGUGACUUCAUAAUCGUGUAAGAAAGAAGGGCUGGCCACCAUGGCCAGGAACGGGGGAAUCGGUUGUCUGUGGUGCUGGAGGGGCUGCUUACUGUGACUGCGAUGUUCGUGGCAGGCCCGGUGUUCCUGGGCCUCCCGGCAGGGCCGCACUAACAAAUCCGUCACUGCGGGCUGCGUGCAGCGGUUGGAUCCAAAGAGCAGCUGCUUUCGUGCACAGUGGGUGGAGGUGGCUGUUUUCCCCAGUACAGCAGCAUGCCAAGUGGGGAGGCUGCCUGAAGCAAGCGGCUUGCUGAGCUCUUGGCCGCGCAGGCAUUCUUAGAAAUGCCAGGGCUCUACUUGCAUGCAGAGGACCCCAGGCUGCCUGUCUCAGUCCCGUUAUUUCACCCAGCGUAUUCUUGCAGCCCCCGGAGGUGCCUAGAAUGCCAGGGGUUGCGUCUACUGGUAGAAGGAGGGCUUGACCAGAAGCCUGUGACAUGGGUGUCCGCACUUGUGGCUGUCCUAAGGCCCACCUGUGCUUCAGAAACUCAAAGGGCCUUCGCGUGACUGGCCUGGAGCCCGUGUGCCCUGGUGUGAAAGCAGGCGGCAGCGGGGGUCUGCUGUGGGUUGUUCGUACUCCGGAUGCCUCGCUUGUCUCUCAGCACUCUGCCCUGUGCUUUAUUCCACAGUCAAGAAUGGGAAGCCAGACCCAAAGGUGAAGCAGGCUGUGGGAGGCCACUUGCCACAGUACUAACUCAGCUGUUCAGACCGGGGGGUUGGGGGGUUGGUGUUUUGUUGCUCGUAAAGGCCUCUUGGCCACAUGAGAGGCUCCAGAGCUGCCCUCCUCUCCCCACCAGGCAAGCGCUGUGUGACCUGCAGGGCCACAACUAUGAGGAAGGGCCAUUCCAGGGUGCUCGCAGGCACCUUAAAGGGGUUCUGGAAUUUGAUAUGGCUCAGCUGCUGGCUGGCCCAAGCACCAGGCAUAGUGUCUCAUGUCCCUCAGCCAGGCUGUGGUGCCAUUGUUUUCUGCCCUUUGGGCAAGAAGCUUCAUCUCUGAGGUUUUCUGUUGAGAAUGGGGACCGAGUCAUCACCAGUGAGGGGAGCUCUCUGGCCACUGUGUAUUCGUUUACCCAGUGGUUAGGUAAGGAACACCUGUCCUGAGCCUUGGACUAGGCAGCCGUAUGUACCUCCCCAGAGGCUGACGUUUGGCCUGAGCUUGGCACUCCCUGCAGGUGAGCUGGGUCUGACUCACAAGAGCCUGUGGAGACCUGGCUCCCACACACUGGUUUCCCGGGAGCCAGUGACGCCAUAUUUCUUCCAGGUGUGUCCACACUUAAUCGAAUGACCCAUCUUGGCAAAGGAAGCGAGGCAGUGUUGGGGUGCUGGAAAGCUGGGAUUGUCCCUGCCCACAGCAGAUUUUCCUUCUGUUCUUGGUUAAAUUCAGAGCUCCCUUUCUGUAGACUUCAUGGGGACUGCACCUCCUGUCAGCCCAAGCUUUUUUUCUAGUAAAUAUCCCAAUAAUGAGAUUGACGGUCCCCCACUUUCAUAGUUCCGCAGUCCAGCCUCCUCUAGGGGGAGGUGGGGGUGCCUUCAGUAGUAAUGUGGGUUAUGUUCUCAUCCGCAAAAUGAAGAUCUUUAUGCUUAGACCCUCCUUUCUGGGAUGGCUACUUGUAUCUGUCAUGGUUCAGGUUGGAAAACUGAAUCCGCUCUAGUUCUAAAGCAUAAAUGGAUUUUAAUACAUGGGAGGAGAUGCUUCUUGGUGUUGAAAGGGCUGGAGGAGCAGGACUCUAGGAAUAACCCCAGACAUCUUGGCCUUGACCCACCAUGGGACCGUUACCUCCGCCCCAAGCAGAGGGUCAGGAGAUGGGAGCCAUCACCUGCACGGAUCUCCUUGGGUUCAAGGAACCAAUACCUUAACCCCUUGCUAGGGAGGAGGGGCCUGGGCCAAGGACACUGCGGCCUGGGCCAGGACUGCCUGUUGAUACUGCCAGCCGUGUCCAUCUCCAGCGGCUGAAAUUGGUGCUGUCUCACUGGUGGAACUUAGUUUGUGUCCAGAAUCCCUGCCACGAGGAGUUGGGAUGGAAAGAGCUUCUGGUUUCUGCAGGGCAGGACAGCAUGCCCUCUGCCAUGGUGUCGGCCGAAGAGAGGUGGGCAGUGGGGCUUUCCUGAAAUAGGUUAUGGCCUGUGACGAACAAGAGGAAGAGGUGUGCCACUGGUGACACCGUAGACAGACAGGUAUAGGAGCUCAGAGAGGGUUGAAGCCAUGGAGUAUGAAACUAUUGUAGCAUAGUAAUCCUAGUGUAAGUUCUGCUGAGUAGCCGAUGGCGGCCUCAGGUUCUCAGUAACUCGUGUGUGUUUCUGGAGAACCUGGAGUCAGGGUGGUCUCAGCCCUUCGAGUGCCACUCGUUAGUCCCUGCACGCCCUGCUCUGUUUAAUUACUUGAUUAGAUCCCAGCAUAAGUACUGCACACCCUCCUCCCAGUAAAGGUUCAUGGAACAAGAUGCUUGUCACUGGCCCACCGGACAAGGAGAGCGUACGGACCUAGUCCUGGGCUCCGUGUCCGCGGUGAGCUGGGGGCGCUGGUGCCUCUGUUCUCCAGAAGAGAAAGCCAGCAGCUCCCACAUGGUGAGUAACUUUCAGGUCACGAGGCUGGCAGCUCCAAGUCACUCGGCGUGUGGCAGGCCGAGGCACACAGCGUGCCAGCUGCCAGGAGGCGGAGGCGCCCAGGAUGCACCUUACUGGAGGGGAGGUGUCCAGACCUCCCGUCAGUGCUGGGCAGAGGCAGGCCCUCUCCUUGCACCUGUCCCAUCCCCUGGGGUGGGGAGGCUUUACUGAUCCCCUGAGGAUUUUUGCAUUUGAAAUAAGAAAUGCUUCAAUUGUGUCAUUUAAGAUAAGUUUUUUUGAAAUAUACAGAGUAUUUUAUGUCGUACUGAUGUUCCUUUUCUCUUUUGUUUUCCUCCGUUU